UCCUCUAAAGACCGUAACCCCCCGAAAUGUCCUUUCCUAGUAGCUCUCCUGCGGCAAAUACAUUUUUAGUGGACUCUUUAAUUGGUGCUUGCAGGUCGGACAGCUUUUACUCCAGCAACAUGUAUUUGCCUUCUGGCUCAGAAAUGGGAACUUACGGAAUGCAAACCUGUGGACUCCUGCCGUCUUUUGGCAAAAGAGGGGAGGUCAACCACCAAAAUAUGGGCAUGAAUGUCCACCCGUACAUACCUCAAAUAGAUAACUGGACUGAUCCGAAUAGACCCUGCAGAAUACAGCCAUCCAACCAGAUGCCGAACUGUACAUUUUCUCAGAGCAUAAAGGAAGAGAGCAACUGCUGCAUGUACUCAGAUAAGAGAGUACACAAAGUCAGCCCGGCAGAGCUCCCCGCGUAUUCUAACGUCGUUUCCGAAUCCUGUCCCGUCGAUGGUCCCGAGAUCCCGGUGCCGGGCUAUUUCAGAUUGAGUCAAACUUAUGCGAACGGAAAACAUCAGGAAAGCUACUGCCACGAGCCGCCGAGUCCAAACCAAACACUGACGCAGCUCGGCGGGGUCACCCCGAAACCGCAGCCCUCAUCGGCACCUUCCAAUUUCGCAGAGGCGGAAAAGAAAAGCGAGGACGUCCCGCAGAACCACGAGACCUCAAGGACACCGGUUACCAUAGAAAGCCCGGAUCCCAAUUCUGACUCCGGGGAGAAAACGUGUCACAUGGAAGCCUCUGUGUCCAGUCCGGAGCUGCAACAGAAGGAAGGAAAAGCCUGCAACGCGCCGACGAGCAACUGGUUAACUGCAAAAAGUGGAAGAAAGAAAAGAUGUCCCUACACAAAGCACCAGACCUUGGAGUUGGAGAAGGAGUUUCUCUUCAACAUGUAUCUGACCCGAGAGCGCCGCCUAGAGAUCAGCAGGGGCGUCAACCUGACCGACAGGCAGGUCAAGAUCUGGUUUCAGAACCGCAGGAUGAAACUGAAGAAAAUGAACCGAGAGAACCGCAUCCGUGAACUGACCUCAAAUCUCACCUUUUCGUGAGCGCGCAUGUUGUCCGUGGUUAGCUGUCUCUUAUUGUCUCACAUUCAGUUUGAUGCUUCGGUGGCAUUAGACGUUAAUCUUCAAUUUCAACGAAACUGUGUCUAAAUAAGCCAAUAUGUUGUGUAUUUGUUUUUACUUCAUCACAGGGUAACACUUUUUGGUCUUAAAUUAUUGGAAAAGUAGAGGUCCUCCCCUUAGCCAAGUAGACAGGGAUGUUCUAUUGUGUUGCGUUUGGAAAAUCAUUCUCAUUUUCACUCAUGAAAGCACAUUUAUUGUCGUGUCGUUUGUUUUUACUUCGAAGUGCAAUCCAUUUGCUCC